CACUCCUACACACCACAGACACACACACACACACACACACACACACACACACACACACACGCUGAACUGAACUGAACUGGACACUUGUACCGGACUUUCUCUCCUAAACACGCUGGAUAUUAACGCUGACCAUUUUGGACUUUUUAUGGAUUAAACACUGGACAUGAGGACACUGGACUCUUUCAGACCUGCUCCGCCCGGUACUCGAAUGACUGACGUUGUAAGCUCCGCCCACCCCUCCACAUCGCUGCAGUAAUGUGAAUGGCGCUCAGAGACCGAGGGGGAAGGAAGAGAAAAACCGAGCGCGUUCGGUUAGGAAGGAAAAUCCCCCAAAUGACACGAGGAAGAACAGAAACCCCGCUUUAAAAUGGAGGAUAGCUUCGAUUGCGACUGCGGCGAGCUGGAGCCACCUGAUCACUGAGGGAGAGCGUUUGUGCUGAGCUCGGCCGACCUCCUCCCCGCUCCCCCCCCGCACACGCAUCAGACUCGACGGUGCUCAGUUUAUCACCUUAGGAUCGUAAUGCUGCUGCUGCUCAGGACCAGUCGUACACUGAAGGCAUCUGCGCUGUGAGGAUGCUGCUGCUGCUGGUACUCGCUUUCACACCUGCAUUUCAUCACUGAUCUCACCUCCGUUCCCUCACUCGCUCCGGGGCUGGACUCGGAGAUUAGUGCCGGUUUUGUUUAGUUUAAAUAAAGUUUUCUGUUUGGAUAAUUACCACAUCCUGAGCUGUGAGAAAGAAUUUCUUUCUGCUGAUUUUGGGAAAUUCUUUUUUUUCCUCCACAAAGAAGGCAGAAAAUAAACCUCACUGCUCAAACAGCGUGUCGCAAAAACCUCCGAAUUUUUAAAGAGAGGAAAAUAAUAAUUAAUAAUAAUAAUAAUAAAACACAUUUCUGGUGCUUGUUGCGUAAAAUGGCGGAGAAAUUCGAGAGCCUGAUGAACAUCCACGGGUUCGACCUGGGCCCGCGGUACACAGACCUGAAGCCGCUAGGGUACGGCGGGAACGGCCUGGUGUUCUCGGCGGUGGACCGCGACUGCGACAAGCGCGUCGCAGUGAAGAAGAUCGUCCUGACGGACGCGCAGAGCGUCAAGCACGCACUGCGAGAGAUCAAAAUCAUCCGCCGCCUCGACCACGACAACAUCGUGCGCGUGUUCGAGACGCUGGGGCCGAGCGGCCGGCGCCUGAGCGAGGACGCCAGCUCUCUGACCGAGGUGAACUCUGUGUACAUCGUGCAGGAGUACGUGGAGACAGACCUGUGCACCGUGCUGGAUCAGGGCCCGCUCUCGGAGGAACACGCCCGCCUGUUCGUCUACCAGCUGCUGCGUGGACUCAAGUACAUCCACUCGGCCAACGUCCUGCACAGAGACCUCAAACCCUCCAACCUGUUCGUCAACACCGAGGACCUGGUGCUCAAGAUCGGAGACUUCGGCCUGGCGCGCAUCAUGGACCCGCACUACUCGCACAAGGGUCACCUGUCUGAAGGUCUGGUCACAAAGUGGUACCGUUCCCCUCGCCUCCUUCUCUCCCCUAAUAACUACACUAAAGCCAUCGAUAUGUGGGCGGCCGGCUGCAUCUUCGCAGAGAUGCUCACAGGAAAAACACUCUUCGCAGGUGCUCAUGAGCUGGAGCAGAUGCAGUUGAUCCUGGAGUCGAUCCCUGUGAUCCACGAGGAGGACAGACAGGAGCUGCAGAGCGUCAUCCCGGUGUUUAUUAAAAACGACAUGUCUUUACCGCACACUCCGCUGACUGAACUGCUGCCCGGGGUCAGCGCUGAGGCUCUGGACUUCCUGGAGAAGAUCUUGACCUUUAACCCCAUGGACCGGCUGACUGCAGAAGAGGCACUGGCUCACCCCUACAUGAGUGUGUACUCGUUCCCUCUGGACGAGCCGGUGUCCUCUCACCCCUUCCACAUCGAGGACGAGGUAGACGACAUCCUGCUCAUGGACGAGAGCCACAGCCACGUCUAUAACUGGGACAGGUACCAGGAGAGUCAGCUGUCCGAGCCGGAGUGGCCUCUGCAGAGCGCGGCGGAGGUGGACGAGGUGCAGCGCGACCCGCGCGCCAUGUCCGACGACAUCGACGACGAGGAGGCGCAGCUGGACCCGCGCAAGUACGCCGAUGCCGAGAGCGAGAAGUUCCUGGACGAGCAGCCUUUCGACCAGCGGCGUGACGAGGGCGUCCACCACGAGAACAAGUACUGCGAGCUGGAGUGCGGGCACACCUGCAACUACAAGGCGGCGUCCCAGUCCUACCUGGACAACCUGAUCUGGAGGGAUAGCGAGGUGAACCACUACUACGAGCCCAAGCUGAUCAUCGACCUCUCCAACUGGAAAGAGCAGCAGAGCAAAGAGCGAGCGGACCGCAAGAGCAAGAGCAAGUGCGAGAAGAACGGCCUGGUGAAGGCUCAGCUGGACAAGGAGAAGCACCACCAACAACACCAUCAACACCAUCAGGGCUUCGACUUCGACUCCUUCAUCGCCGGCACCAUCCGACUCAGCCUGCAGCCCGAGAGCCGCGACAUCGGCCUGCUCAACGAGCUCAACAGCUCCGUGUCUCAGCUCAGCAAGUCGGCCAGCCAGGAGAAGGACGAGAAGUGUCAGGUGAACCUGGCUCAGCAGUGCCCGUGGGAGAGCAGCGGGAACGAGAGCUGCCUGAUCGACGAGGCGUGCUGGGACGAGCAGAAAGAUGGCGGAGGAUACGGAGGAGGCUACACCAGCUACCUCGAUCGCCUCUUCAGCAAAAAAGAGGAGGAGAACCCCUCCGUCUGCUCUCCUCCUUCCGACGCUUCCCUGGACGCCGAGCCUCCGCGAGAAGAAGCCCCGCCCCGUCUCAACGGCGAGAUCGUCCUCGAGUCUCUGGGGUUCGACGCUAAAAGAUCCCUGCAGGCCCACGUCAGGUGUUCUCCUCAGAGCGCCCACAAGACCUACAGCAGCAUCCUCAAACACCUGAAUUAAACCCAGACCAUCCGCUCAUACCACACGUCACGCCGUUCAGGCACGCGCCGGCGCUCCCGUCAGCGUCCACGCUUCAGGAAAACACACGCAGGAAGGAGGCGGGGCUUGCGCUCACCAGCCAAUCGCAGUGCAGCGUUUCUCUGUGGAGAAAAUCCGUUACCAUGUUUUUCUGAAGCGCCCACGCUUUCACCGAGCGCUUAAACGUUUCUGAACAUCAUGAUGUGCCGUACAACACACACACACACACACACACACACACACACACACACACGGAGCUCGGCUUGUCCUUAUUUUUUUAUCCUCUAUGUUUAGUGUGUUCUUUUACUUGAAGCAUUUCAGAACUUUUUACACACACACACACACACACACACACACACACACACGGCUACUUUUUAAUUUGAGUUUUGUUUUAUGUUUCAGAGAGGGUGUUCGUGUGAAUUAUUUUGAGGGGAAAAAAGAGAACAGUUCCUGGUUCACUAAAGAGCUUCAGUGUUCUUGCGGUUGUUUUUUUGCUUUGUGUUUUUUUUUGUUUUGUUUUGUGUUUUUGUUUUCCGAGAAAUUAAAAACAGGAAAAAUAUAAACGUUUAAAAAAAACAAAAAGCAAACAAAAAAGCAGAAAUAAGACUGGCAUGCCAUUUGCACACAGCAUACUGUAGAGUCGUACACGCUAGAGGAGGGUCCAGAUCUAUUCCCAGAGACAUGUAAUAAAUAAACAAAUAAAUAAACAAACACCGGGGAGGGAGGGAGGAACGAUGCACUAAACAUGACAGGUGAUGUCACUGACAUGACAGACCACGCCCCCCCCCCCCCCCACUGCGCUCCUCCUCCUCCUCCUCCUCCUCCUCCUCCUCUUUCACACAGCAGACUCCCUCAGCCUGUCUUUUCUUCAUUUUUCUUUUCUUUUACAAAAAAUCUUUUUACUCUUUUAUACUCUCUUCCAAAGCUUUAUCACCGUGUUCCUUAUUCUGUUUAUUUUUAUUAUUAUUAUUUUAUUGUAUUAUAUUUAAAAAAUCUUUUCUUAUUUAAGUUGCUUAAUUUUAUCUUUUCUUUUACUAUACACGUUAACUGCUUCAUUUUUACCAUCAGUAAAUAUAUUUAAUUGUCCCCCAAAUCUAAGAUUUAAAUAUAUAUAAAUUUUUCUAGUGUAACAAUUUUGAGUUUAUUUUUAAAGCCUGAUAUUUUUACCAACUUUUUUUUUUCUGAACCCGAUUGAAUUUUUAUUCUACGUUUUCCAGUUUAACAUUUGAAUAUGAAAUAUCUUUAUUUAUUUAAUUUGUAAACAGUUCCUGCUAUCAGUUUAAUUAUUUAAUCUAAAAACAUAUCAUUUUUUUUUUCAUUUCUUUCCCCGCAGUGUCGUUCAGCUCAUGAAUUUUCAUUGAUUUAAUUUUCACAUCAUUUAAUUAUUAUUAUUAUUUUUUAAUUUGGUGGGUUUUUAGUACUCAUUCCCAAAUCUCUCUUUAUUUAUUUAUUUUUUUAAAUCUUAGUUUUAAUCACACUUUCCCCGAGAUCGACCGUCGCCUUUUCUGCAUAGGUUUUUGUUUGUGUUUAUUUAUCCGGUAGUUCGUGAUGUCCUGCAGACCCGUUAAUAGAAUUUGUACUAACUCUAACAUUUAGGCGGAUGGUAUUUUUUCCCUCUCAACUAUUAUAAUUUUUAAACAUUUUAAGCUACAAGCCCCGCCCCCUACACUGAUUACUGUUUAUUUGGAAAUGUUUACUGUUUUUUUUUUUGUUUAGUUUUUUCUCCCCUCACAUUUAUAUGGGUGUUUUAUUAGGUUCUAUUCCUCUCUAUCCCCCCCCCCCCCCCCCCCCCCCCCCCAUUUCACCUUCUCUCUCUCUCUCUCUCUCUCUCUCUCUCUCUCGCGCGCGCGUCCCCGGGCGUCGGUGACUUCCCCGUCCCGUAGGCGUUUUAUUCGGACCUGAUGCCAGCAGCUCGGCCGUUUGUUUUAUUUUAUUUUAUUUGAAACCGUAGGUUAACGUAAGUGUGUUAUCUACCUCAGAGGUAACCGUAGACAUGCGGAGUGUGUGUGUGUGUGUGUGUGUGUGUGUGUGUGUGUUGCUCGCCUUGUACGACUUUUCAGCGCCCGAUCACAUGGCUGUUUAUUCUGUCUUUCUUUUCUUUUCUCUAUUUUGCCACAGUGAAGUGUUAAGAUCACGUAUUUAUUUUGAAGCGUAAGUGAUUAUUUAUUUUUAAGAGCCGUCGUUAUUUCUCAAUGUGACUCUGAAUGGCGACUGGGCAUUGAACUUCCAUCCUCUGUGUGUGUGUGUGUGUGUGUGUGUGCGUGUGUGUGAGAGAGAGAGUGCGUGUGUGUAUAAAAAUGGCUGGAGGAUACACAUCCUUUGUGAAGAACUCUCCGUUUUUUCCAGCGUUCCUUUUUACGGAACUAGCCGUGUUCUGUUUUGUUUUAGCGGGAGGUGCGAGCGUGAGACGUGGCUUUACCGAGUCCGCGUACCCUAAAGUCUUAAUGUUUGCUUCUUUUUGUUUCCCCUCCUCCUGUGUAUAUACCUGUGCAGGUAAUAGUGUGCAUGGAAGGUACAUCUGAAGCGAAGUGGGCGGGGCGGUGUGUCCUCGUCACUCUUUCUUUUAGUCUAGGUUCAUUUCCUCCCGCGUCAGCAUGAUCAAGGUUAAAGGUUAUUAUAGCAUGUAGUAGGUUCAUGGACUUCUCUUUUUAUUAUUAUUAUUAUUAUUAUUUUUUUAUUUGAUUUGAUUUUUUUCUCGGUUGAUGAACUGAUACUCCGUUGGUUCCCUUGUAAAAUAAAUAAAAUAAAAUGGCCGGUGAAAUAAA